AUGCCUGUCGGACUCUCCUAUCUUGGUCUACGAUGUGUAUUGGAGCAUUUGGAUGCGGUUAAGCGAAUUCACAUCGCAUCACGCUGUGCUGUCCUUCGACGGUGCGAAAAGUCGAUUCCUCUUCGAUUGAAUUAUCUUUGCAUAGGCAGUGAACUACGCUUAGACUAUUGUUUAAUUUGGUUAAGUUACGAAAUGGAAUUAGAGUUUAACGAUACCAGAAGAACCAGGGUCUAUACCAGGGAUGAACCACGGUCCGUGCUUCAUGCCGUUUCUGUAUCACAAAACUUGGAUCACCAAACUGCGAACGAGAAAAUUAAUCAAUAUUAUAUGGGAGGAAGAACAAGUGUCUAUGUGAAAAGACUGGAUAUCUUUGGGUCUGCUUCUAGUUUAUCGUGGUCAGUAGACUCGAUGUUUAAAAUCACUGAACUUAAUGCAGAGGAUAAUUAUUUUGAAGACUUCCUUCCGAUUAUCGACCCGAUCAGUUUCCCACUGAAAUCUCUGCAAACUAAAACGGCCGGACUGCAUACUUACGAUCAUCCGGUCUUCCGUUCUGCAGAAGCUCUUUCAUUCAAUCUUUUCGAAGAACAUAGUGAAGCUGAAAUUAUAUGUCUCCACAAACUACCAUGCAAAACUAUCUUAUUCGAGUACGAUCUCGAAUGGAUUAAUAUUGUGAGAAUGAUCCGAUAUUGGAUGGAAAAUCCAAAAGAGAUUGGGACAAAGUACACUUUUGUCGAGUAUGGUCGUAAACUUGUAUAUAAUGUUGUCAACUGUACCAUGCUUUGCAUUCAUUGA